AUGGCGGUUAUAUCUACUCCAAUCACUGAGAUGUUUGGCAUUAAACAUCCAAUACUGCUCGCUGGCAUGAAUGUCGCUGCUGGGCCGGAACUCGCAGCGGCUGUCACUAAUGCGGGAGGUUUAGGCGUUAUCGGAGGGUUUGGAUACACGCCAAAGAUUCUACGCCAACAGAUACAUGCUAUCAAAGACGAUUUGGUUGACAAGAGCGCUCCUUUCGGUGUAGAUCUCCUUAUACCUCAAGUUGGCGGCAGCGCGCGGAAGACCAACUACGACUACACCAAAGGCAAGCUUGACGAACUCAUUGACGUGAUAAUCGAGGAAAAGACCGCUCUUUUUGUUUGCGCGGUCGGAGUUCCGCCCAAGGCUGUCGUAGAGAGGCUACACAAAGCUGGAAUUCCCGUCAUGAAUAUGGUUGGCCAUCCUAAGCACGUUCAGAAAGCUCUGGACGUCGGUGUGGAUUUGAUUUGUCCACAAGCAGGGGAGGGAGGAGGCCAUACCGGCGACACGCCAGCCAGCGUGUUGAUUCCAGCUUGUGUAGAUGCUGUCAAGGGAAGGAAAUCGCCGUUGACGGGCAAGCCAGUGUAUAUAGUCGGAGCGGGUGCAGUUUAUGAUGGACGGUCGUUGGCGGCAAAUUUAAUGUGGGGAGCUCAGGCUGUCUGGGUUGGAACCCGUUUUGUUGCCUCAAAAGAGGCGGGCGCACCCAAGUAUCACAAAGACUUAGUCGUAUCCGCAGGCUUCGACGACAUUAUUCGCACCAUUAUCUUUACUGGGCGUCCGCUUCACGUUAAGAAGUCGGCCUUCAUUGAAGAUUGGGAAAUCAAUCGACAGGCUGAGAUCAAAGAGCUCACGAGUAAGGGUAUCGUUCCAAGUGACUGGGCCGUUGAACAACGCCCGGAGAUAACAAAGGAUCCUGAAUCCCGUCCGUGGCUUAUGGGCAAGGUCGCUGCUUUAAUUAAAGAUAUCCUUCCCGCAAAGACUAUUAUAGAGAAUAUGGUAAAUGAGGCGGCAGAGCUACUGGAGCACGGGAGCACUCUAGUAGUAAAGACUAAAGCAAAGCUUUAA